CUACCCAUCUCUAUGCGACUGUAUGGCCUGACCCCUCACACGCUCCACCCCCUGGCCGUCAUCAAUCACGUUCACGUAGUUGAUUCCUCGCACCUGCUUUGGUCAAGGCACAUGUUGGUUAAAAAAAUAGUAUCGACAGAGAUUGAUUCGCUGUCAUUAGCUUUAACUUUGCUUGAUACAUUGGACAACAAGCAUAGCAAUUGUUGUUUAGAAAGAUGACCAUGGACGACUUUCAAUUCAUGGAUAGCUUCAAGAGAAAGCGCAUCAAAUUGACCCUCAAGACUGCGACUUUCCUUGGAAUUGUUCAGCGGAUAAACGCCAAUAAAACUGUGAUUUUAGAGGACGUUGUGGAUGUCAAGAAUGGAAGGAAAUUCCCUGGAGUGAAACUAUUCUUUGGACAUGAAAUUCUCAAUGUGGAAUUCCCAAAUGUAACAAAGUCUGAACGAGAUAACACCAGUGACUACAGACCUGAAGGUCACCUGACAGUGGCAGAGUUCCAGCCUUACAGGAAGGGUCUCAUACUGAAUGACGAUGAUGAGAGCCAUGUCAACUUUGUCGUCAUUGAUGAGUUCCAUGAGAAGUUUGGUCCUGCUAUGAUGCACAUCCGGAAGCAGCAGGUGAUCGGUAUAGGAGCUGACGGGGUCGGGACGUUCCAGCACGAGAGACUCUGUUGGCUGCAGAUUGCCACUAAGAACAAGGUGUACCUCUUUGACAUCCUGUUGCUUGGAGCCCGGGCCUUCAAAAACGGCCUGUCCAUGAUCCUAGAAAAUAACCACAUAUUAAAGGUCACUCAUGACUGCCGGAGCCUCGCCGGAUGUUUGAUGGCUCAGUUUGGAGUAAAUCUCACCAACGUCUUUGACACUCAGGUGGCAGAUAUCCUGUGCUUCUACACAGAGACUGGUGGCUUCCUGCCAGACAGGGUCAGUACCCUACCGAAGGUGGUGAGCCUACAUUUGAAGAUGUCCUCGUCACAACUCUCCUCUCUCAACAUCAAGUCUCUGCUCACCAAGGAGGACAAAGAGGUGUGGUACGUGCGUCCCUGCCCUUUGUCCCUGCUGAAGGUCAUGGCCCUGUCGGUGAUCCACCUGCAGCCUCUGAGACUGGUGCUGCUGGAUGCCCUCAUGGCUGACUACACAGGCCUGGUGGACUCCUACCUCAGCGGCAGCCGAGAGGAACCUGUUCACAUGCAUAACAUCGGCUCGAGCAGUGUUCUGGAGCUGCCCAGGGAGCUGCGGGAGUUGGAGCACACGCGUCAGAAGCGCCAGAAGUGGGCCGUCGACCGCUACCCUGUCACUGAGCAGGGCCUGCUGGAGCGCUCCAACCCCAGACCCCUAACCCCAUCACAGAAUGGGCAGGGCCAGGACACAGCCACCCAAAGACAACCAGACCCUCCUGUCCCCACAGCAGUGGUGCCUGUAGUCCCAGCACCAGGGCAGGGCCCAGCAGAGACACCCUGUCCCAGCAAUACCCUGGGGGCCUCUGACCUCCAUGCUAUGACCAGUGCCCUGACACAAGAGGCCCAGCAGAGCUACAGGAAACAGCCGUCUGGAGGAGUCAGCCCAGUGGCUAAAUCAGGAGCACCAGGACUCUUGGAGAUAGUGAUGGACACAAUGGCAGGCAGAGGGAGGUCCCUGUUGAAAGACCCAACACCACCCAUUCUCCCUGUGUUCCCCUCGAUGGGAAGAGGCCUGGCUCUCCCGAUACCAGCAGCCCAGGUCCCCAAGGAGAGCCCCGGAGCCCUGAAGACCCAGGCCCCAGUGGGGAGGGUGGAGGUGCCUGUCCCCCCAGGCCCAAGACCCAGCCCAGUACAGCCAUCUGAAAACAUUCCUGGUGCAGGGAGAGGCCUCAUUCAGAAACCCCAAUGUCUCACCUCUCCUCUCAGUCUCUCCUUCAGUUCAUUUAGAAAGAGCCACCUAUGAUUGGGAUUGUUUGGUUCAAAAUUACUUGUACAUUUUUAUUCUACAAAGACCACUAGGUGGCGGUAAAUUGUCAAUUGUUUGCAAUAUAAAUUGCACCAAUGUUGGUUGUUUUAGUUAACUGCUUUUCUAUUUCAAUCACAUAAUUGGAUGAGUGAUAUUUAGUUGUGUCCAUGGUAUCUGGUUAACCUGUACAUUUGUUUAUUUAAGCUUCUAUUUUUAAGUUGACUUAAAUUGCUGUUCAUCACUUGUUCCUUUACAAAAUUAAUUUAACACCAGUUCAAUACUCUGAUUUAUUCUCACUCUCUUUCUGGCCUGAUUUGCGUGAGUAAUGGUACAUCCUGAAUCUGUUAAGUGCAGUCAUUUCACUUGGUAAUGAGCCCCUCGGCGUACAGGGAAUAUUCUGCCAGGCUACAGCCUGAUUAUGUUCAACUAAUUCCUUUGAUAACAAUACAGAACAUAGUGUAUUAAUUCAUACCAGCCCACACCUGGAUGAUCUGUGCAGCACCAGCAGAAUUAUAGUUCAGCCAAAUGAAGCACAUCAAGUUCAAAUAUUGUAUACAAGAAAAACCUUUUUAUGAUUCAUUAAUUUCAAAAUGUUUCUUCUCAAAGUCCAAUAGUCAGUUGUGUAAAACAAAUGCUAACACAGAAUAAAGUACGCAAUAUAGCUUAGGAUGAUCAAUUUACUAAAUUUGGCUUCAUGGUUGCUGUUAAUUGAGGUGGAACGCAGGAAAGCAUUGAUAGAUGUGCUGUUAAUGAAAGAAAAACAUUGUUUCUGGAAGGUUGCUUUGAUUACAGAUGACUGCAAAACCAUUAGAGCUGGCACAGAAUGAAUGCAGGAUGUUGACAUGAAAUUGAUAUUGCCUGUCUGCAGCACUAAUCACUCAAGAAGUUCAGAUGCUGACGAUCAUAAGUACCCAACACCUGCCUAUGUUUUACAUAGGAAAACAAAGCCAUGUCUUUAUUAAUUUAUGGGCUUCCUGAAUUAGGAUCCUGCAAUGCAGAUAUUACACACGUGUUCCACAAAGAGCCACUUUGAUUUGAUUUUCAGAGGUGCAGUUUGGGAUCAACAGGAUAUUAAGACAAAAACAAUGUGUUUAAACCGCAGCAGGGCGUGCAGUACAAAUGGGGCCCACAUUAAUCACGUCUUAUUGCCAUGGUUAUCUACGUAUAGCAGCUUGGGAUCAUGCCAGGUACCCUCAUUGAAGGCAUGAAACAGAUAAAGUAGUAUUUAAUUAACUAGGAGGGAGCAGAGCACAAAGACCCAUCUCUCUUAGCAACUGGCUCCUCCUCAGCUUCUGUUAGGGACUGGAUCGAUAGUAGUGAAUGGCGGGCAGAUUGAGAGUUGCAUAUCGGGAUAUUAUUUUUGACUAUAUAUCGUAUAGUUCUGACUAUCGCAAUAGUUUGGUACAGGUACAGCCUGCACCAAAAUGGCAUAGCUUGUUUUCCAUUUACUUUAAAAAAAAAUAGGAAGCCAGUUUUCAGCAAAUUCCAUGACUGAUCAAAACUUUUUUUUCAUGGCUCUCUUGUCCCUCUGCAGCAGACUUAUGGUGAGAUCAUGGAUUAUUCUGUACUUCAUCUCCUAGCCUCCUAGGCCUUUUGAGCUUCUUUUAGAUUUCAAAUUGAAACCGUCAUCUUGUUUCCAGUAAUGUGACUGAAAAUAGAAUUCCAAUCAAUUUAGCCUUGAGACAUUGACUAGUGGCUGUAAGAGCCCUUCUGCAUUAAGGUUUUCACAAGGUUCUCUUCACUGUUGGGCUGUAUCAGUCAGUACAUAUGAAGUGUACUGUGUAUGGUUGGCAGAAAUCACAUGGCCCAAUCCAUUGUUUGCCAUACUCUUCCAGUUCCUGGAACUGUGCAGGACCAGUCUGUCAUUGCCUUUGGUCAUAAAACAGUCAACGUUCCCAUUGUUUAUCCAUCGUUUUCUUUACUAUAUGAUGAAGGGGAUGUCGAUUUUUCAGAGUCUGACUAAACACUCUGGUUCUAGUUGUUCAGGAGGCUGUAUCUCCCCAGUCUCUGUGUUUUGCUGAUGUGAAGAAAGGGGUGCAGGAAGAGGGAGGUCUACCACAGGGCUGUAGACAGCUAGGACCGGUCAUUGACGGGUAGAGAGGGACCCUUAUUUUAGAGGACACUGCAUUUCCUGUCUGUCACAAUAAUGCAUUAUGAGCUCCACUUCCUGUUUCUCAGGCCUGAGAGGAAGGAACAGGGCGCUUGUCACACGAUAUUCAUGGCUUCCUACCAGAAGGACAGUCGACUACACCUUGAACAUCGCAGCAGGAUGUGCAUGGUUAUUUUUAGUGUCGGAAAGGUAGGACACAGACAAACACAAUCUUCAGAAAUUCCAGCUGUGUUCGUUCAUUGGUUACUAGAAACUUGUUUCCAUGUUGUGGCUCUUCCCCGGAGGAACGUGGAGGUCUACUGUUUGCUCAUGGUGUCUACAUGUGCGUCAGAUGCAAUUCCUUCCACAGUUAAAUAAACAACAAUACAAUUAAUAAACUCCUUCAUUCAGUUACUGGAUGCUUUAUCUGUACUAUAAACUUAAUACCCAACCUUCAAAACCGCUCAUCUUAAUUACAUGGGAAUUGAUUAUAUAUUCAACAGGAACAAUCUCACCAUUCUAUCUAUACUUGGGGGACUAUUAUUGGUAUACAAUAUUUCCAUAAAACCACAUCCACUACAGACUAGAGGUUGACAGAUUAAAUUGGAAUGGCUGAUUAAUUAGGGCCGAUUUCAAGUUUUCAUAAUCGGAAAUCGGUAUUUUUGGAUGCCGAUUUGCAGUUUUUUUCCCUUUUCUUUCCUCCACACCUUUUUAUUUAACUAGGCAAGUCAGUUAAGAACAAAUUCUUAUUUUCCAUGACGGCCUAGGAACAGUGGGUUAACUGCCUUGUUCAGGGGCAGAACCACAGAUGUUUACCUUGUCAGCUCAGGGAUUCAAUCUUGCAAGUUUACGGUUAACUAGUCCAAUGCUCGAAUCACCUGCCUCACAAGGAGCCUGCCUGUUACGCGAAUGAAGUAAGAAGCCUAGGUCUUGAUCAUCAGGCCUGGGUGGUUGUGGCUCCACAAGUGAACACUUCUCUGCCGUUAGGUGUGAUGACUGGCAUAAGGUGUCAGCGAGAGCUUUGCUGUUGGCAGCCAUCAUCUCUCCCCUGGGUGUCUGUGGUUUUGCCUGAGUAGCAGAGUCAGUCAGAGGGAGGCAGCAGGCUGGAGACUAAGCUGUCUGGGGCCUUUGGCGGACUCUCUCUCCACCAGAAGCCUGUGCCAUAUUGUGACCUUCAGCCAGAGCAGACUGAAUCAUCGACAGUGGGAACAGAUUGAGUGAGCAGAUGAGCCGUGUGUAGCCGGGCAGAGGGCAGGCCUGCGGAAUAGUACUCAAAUACCCCUGUGCCAAUCUGUACAACUGGCAUCAAAUGGACUGUUUCGCACCCAGGCCUUUAACCCCCUAAGGUUGAUGUCUGCGCCCCCAUGAAAAUCUAAUUAGUAUUAUACAAAAAAUCACAAUAAAAAUCUGUCAGUUUAAGCUAGAGAUAUGUUUUGUUGCAUUGGAUGUGUCUCAAUCCACCAUAUCCGCCUAUGUCGCACUUCCGCAUCUCCAGUGAAAGAUAACAGAUCUAGUGGUGUUUGUCAGUCCAUGAGACAUCACCACAAAUCUGUCUUCUCACAAAACCGUCUAUAGCAUCUGAACGCUUUGACCUACAAACAUGGUGUUCUCCGUUUUGCUCCACAAAUCUGCCAACUUCUGUCUGUAGCGUCCGAACAGUUUGGGCUACACACUAAAAUGACCCCUCUCUGCAAAGGUGAGACUCUCACAAACAUUUGCUCUAGGACGCCCACAGGCCUCACAAGACUCAACUGAAACACCUGUCCCCCGGGAACAAUUGAAAAUAUGAAUGGAAGUACAGUACCAAUCAAAAGUUUGGACCUACCUACUCAUUCUAGGGUUUUUCUUUAUUUUUACUAUUUUCUACAUUGAAGAAUAAUAGUGAAGACAUCAGACUAUGAUAUGACACGUAUGGAAUCAUGUAGUAACCAAAAAAAGUGUUAAAUCAAAAUAUUUUAUAUUUGUGAUUCUUCAAAGUAGCUACCCUUUGCCUUGACAGCUUUUGGCACAAUUGGCACUCUCUCAACCAGCUUCAUGAGGUAGUCACCUGGAAUGUAUUUCAAUUAACAGGUGUGCCUUUGAAGAAUCUAAAAUAUUAAAUAUAUUUUGAUUUGUUUAACACUUUUUUGGUUACUACAUGAUUCGAUAUGUUUUAUUUAAUAGUUUGUCUUCACUAUUAUUCUACAAUGUAGAACAUAGUUAAAAUGAGGAAAAACCCUUGAAUGAGUAAGUGUGUCCAAACUUUUGACUGUUACUGUAUAUAUCAGGGGUUGGCAACUCCAGUCUUCGAGGGCCUGAUUGGUGUCACACUUUUUCUCCAUCCCUAGCAAACACAGCUGAUUAAUCCAAUUGCAUUCUAAACUGAAGAUCAUGAUUAGGUGAUUAUUGGAGUCAGGUGUGUUAACUGGGGCUGGGGCAAAACUGACACCAAUCAGGCCCUGGAGGACUGGAUUUGCCCUCCCCUGGCAUAUAUGAAGACUGUUUAAUGCCAAAAAUAUGGGUUUAUUUCAUAUAUAGGAGAGACACUUCAGAAUAUACUUCUAUUUUAUUUGUUUUUGGGACUGUUGUUCAAUGUAGUGAAUCUGUUAUUCAAUAUGUAAUAGCAGUAAGACCCCCAAAAAUGUUUCAUCAAUGUUUUUUUGAUACUUCAAGGGGUCUUAAAAUUCUAAAUGAAAUCGCUAAAUGAUCCUUGGUAUGACAAUGGCCAUGUUCUGUUAUAAUCUCCACCCGGCACAACCAGAAGAGGACUGGCCACCCCUCAUAGCCUGGUUCCUCUCUAGGUUCUGGCCUUUCUAGGGAGUUUUUCCUAGCCACCGUGCUUCUACACCUGCAUUGCUUGCUGUUUGGGGUUUUAGGCUGGGUUUAUGUACAGCACUUUGACAUCAGCUGAUGUAAGACAGGCUUUAUAAAUACAUUUGAUUGAUUGGUUAUGACCUUCUUAAAAUUCCAUAUAGCUUAGUAACCCCCCAACCCAAUUGAACACUUAUGGGAGAUUCUGGAGCGGUGCUUGAGACAGCGUUCUCUGCCACCAUCAACAAAACAACAAAUGAUGGAAUUUCUCGUGGAAGAAUGGUGUUGCUUGCAUCCCUCCAAUAGAGUUCCAGACACUUGUAGAUUCUAUACCAAGACGCAUGGAAGCUGUUCUGAUGGCUUGUGGUGACCCAGCGUGGUAUAAAGACAUUUUAUCACUUUA